GCCACUUCCGGGGUCGCUGGCGAUGCUGCGCGCGGUGCGCGGCGGCGCCCGGUUUGCGCUGUGCGGCGCCCGGGGGCGGGCGGGGACCGGGGCGGCGGGACAGGGCCCGGGUUCCCUGCGCCCCCCUCUGCAGCGGCGGCUCGUGCAGCAGGCGCCCCUCGCCCCUGCCGCUGCCCCGCCCGCCGUGGGCCGGUGGCUCCUGGCCUGCAGCGGCGCCGUGGCCGGGGCCGUGGUGCUGGGCGGUGUCACAAGACUGACAGAAUCGGGCCUCUCCAUGGUUGACUGGCACCUGGUGAAAGAGAUGAAACCCCCAAGGACACAGCAGGAGUGGGAAGCUGAGUUCCAGAAGUACCAGCAGUUCCCAGAGUUUAAAAUCCUGAAUCAUGACAUGACACUGACAGAGUUCAAGUUCAUCUGGUACAUGGAGUACUCGCACCGUAUGUGGGGCCGUGUUGUGGGUUUGGCCUACAUUCUGCCUGCUGCCUACUUCUGGCGAAAGGGCUGGCUUAGCCGCCCCAUGAAGGGCUGUGUUCUGGCACUCUGCGGGCUUGUCUGCUUCCAGGGACUGCUGGGAUGGUACAUGGUGAAGAGUGGGCUGGAAGAGAAGCCAGACUCUUAUGACAUUCCUCGGGUCAGUCAGUACCGUCUUGCAGCACAUCUCGGCUCCGCACUGGUUCUGUACUCUGCUAGCCUGUGGACAGGGCUGUCUUUGCUGCUUCCGCGACACAAGUUACCUGAGAGCCAUCAGCUCCUUCGCCUGAGACAGUUUGCUCAUGGCACUACAGCUCUUAUUUUUCUUACCGCUCUUUCAGGUGCCUUUGUGGCAGGGCUGGAUGCUGGCCUUGUGUACAAUUCCUUCCCCAAAAUGGGGGAGCGCUGGAUCCCGGAUGAUCUCCUCGCCUUCUCCCCCAUGCUGAGAAAUAUCUUUGAGAAUCCUACAACUGUACAGUUUGAUCACAGGAUUCUGGGCAUCACCUCCAUUACUGCUGUCACAGCGCUGUACCUCUUCUCACGAAGGAUCCCACUCCCUCGCAGGACCAAGAUGGCAGUGACUUCCUUACUGGCUGUGGCUUGCAUACAGGUGGGCCUGGGCAUCAGCACCCUGCUGCUCUACGUCCCCACGCCGCUGGCUGCCACGCACCAGUCGGGCUCGCUGGCGCUGCUCAGCGUGGCGCUCUGGCUCAUGAGCGAGCUCCGGCGGGUUCCAAAGUAACGGUCCGGCAGGAGAGCCCUCGGGAGGAGCUGUGCCCAGGCCUGGAGGCGGCAGAGACCCCCACUGCACGAGGGGUGCGCGCCUGGGUGGGCUUGAGCCUGUACUUUGUAACAUAAAGGCUUUUCUACCGAGCGGCUGUGGUCUGCUGGG